ACUCAAAUGACAGCACCCCUAAAUUUUGGUUCAGUUAAAUUCCCAGUAUUCCUUCGCUUUCCGGCGCAAUAAAGCCCAUGUGACCGCCAAUGGGGAACACUCCGAGCGCCAGCCAAGUGGGUCGAGGGCCAUCGCAAGAGAGCGACGAGGAGAGGGUCUUCCAUGGUAGCCACAGGAAUCCAGAGCGGAAUCGCAGUCGUCACUGCUUCGUGAUUCGCUCGCAAAGGCCUAAGAAUAGGGUGGGCCUCUUGGAUGCGGAUACCCGGUGCUGUUGUCCUCCGCCUCCUUUGGCAAGCUGCUGUUGCCCCGCUCCCACUCCCACCCCUCCUCCUGCUAUUCCAGCCUCCAAGCCACGACAGAAAUGCUGCUGUGCCACGCUCCCGGAACCUGCGAGGCAAAGAAACAAGCCCCAGAGAUGCUUUAACAACUGCCCCGGAAACGGAAAUGCCCAACAGGGGGCGCGGCGGAUAAGGGCUUGUCAUCCGGAUGCAUAUCCCAUGCCUGAGCUUCUGAGGACGAAGCCGAUGUGCCUUCAUCCCUUGGGCGCAAGAUGCAACUGCGAGGAUCGCAGAGUGGAGACUCGCAGGACAGCAGCUGUUGCACCCGAAGAGCCAGUUCCUUUCGAACCGGAGCCACAAGCCGAGAUUCCCUACAGCGACUCCGUGAGGUCCUUCCAGCCAGCUGCCCGUGCGAUAAACGAAGUCAGCCAAGACCCGCAUGAUCCGUACUAUCCGUAUCCCCAAAGAAAUAACACGCGACUGCAGGAAGUGGAUGCAUUGGGCACCUUUGACUUGAAUCGAUUUGAUAGGGAUGCCACCCAACGAGGUCCGGGUAGAAGAAGAAACGUUUCCAUUCGCACCUGUGUGGACUACGACUACGAGCCGGAAUAUCCACCUCGCGAAAGGGCCCGUCCACCUCCCAAGGGUCCUCCUGGAUAUCCACCUCCACGAUCGCGUCCUCCGCCAGGAUAUGCAGUCCCUUCUCAAGCAUAUGCACCCAGAACUCGGCCACCACCCCCAUCUGCGCAACGAAAAUAUCAACCCAGAGCCCUUUCCGAUUCCUACGAAAAUGGGGAAAUCGAGUAUGUCAAGUGUCCGUAUAGAUGACGGGUUGCGGCUACAUUCCAAAUUC